GAACGUUUAGAAAAAUUUCAAAUGUUGUCUAGUGACGAUGUUAUUCAGGCUGAAUGGCGUGCUCGUGAAUUAAUUAAUCAAGCUGAAUUUGAUCGUGCAUUUACCGAUCAAACAGGCGAAAAAUUUUCAAAUUCAAAGCAUAAGAAAUUAGACGAACAAGUACUACAUGACACUACUACGUCCAUACAAACUGUUUCCACAACCAACAUUUCAUCAGAUAAAAGUAGUAGUUCUGAAUCAUCAUCUGAUUCAGGAAAUAGCCCACCGGCUUUUUUGCCUGAUGAAUUCAGAGUACAAUCUCAUAUUGCCAAUAUCCCUCAAUUGACCCCAGAGUCAAAACAGGAAUCAAAACAGAAAGCAAAAGUUUUACAACCUGUUGCUUACAGUGAUU